GGGUGUGUGUCCCGCCGGGCCCUGCCGUGAUGCCCCUAAACCCUCUGCCUUCCCCAGAGCCCCCUCGUUCCCCCACGGAACUGGCACGCCUGGCACACCACCCCCCCCGGGCUCCCCGGGGACCCUUCCCAGCUCUGUGUCCGAGGGGAUGCUGCCACGGACCGAUGCCAGGAGGUUUUUGGGGUGCACCCGUGACUGGGGGUGUUCCUGAUCCCAUUGGGACCCCAUAGGCCCCCGUUGCCCCAACACUGGGUUGACGACACGGCUCUGGGGGUGUCGCCACAUCCCCGUCCCCAAAUCCAGGGCCCGUUCCCAAUCCGUUGUGACGCUCGGUGUCAAUCCCAGCGCCCUCGGAGCCUUUCCCAUCCUGGGGGCACAGAGCACUUCCCAGUCACCCUCGCCCCUGUGCUGUGUGCCCGGUCUCCAUGGGAGCGUGCCCGUUGCCAAGCGGGCCGGUGGAGUGCUUGCCACCGCCAUCGAGCCGUUGGUAUGACAACGGGGACACGGGUGACCCGGGGCGUGGUGCUUCGCGUGACGGGGGACGGUCCCGGUCUCGCCUCGCCAACGCACCGGGGCGUCCCCGUGGGCUGCGGGAACCCACCGCGCCGGGCUGGGCCCCUGCACCCUCACCGGCCCAGGGAUUUAUCGAGGGAGCGAGAGAGCGAGUGGGACAGCGUGAGCCGAACCCCCGGAGCAGAGGAUGUGGGGUGACAGGGCUGAGCCCGCUGGGGCGCCGGGCCCCGCUCCUCACCCCUCCGCUUGAGGCCUGAGGGGACCGGGACCCCCUCGGCGUGCACUGCACUGGGGCGUCAGAUGAGAUAACGCAGCGAAAGUGGAGCAUCCACGUACAGAGCGAGGGACGGAGCUGCCCAGCGCCCGCCGGCCACCCUCAGGGACGGGGCAGGGGGCUCCCCCAGGCCAGGCACCGCGGUGGGGGGCACAGGGGCUGAGGGGGGCACGGCUUGGCCCGCAGCCCACCCCACCCCGCCGGCUGCCCCCAUGCUGGAUCACCGAGCCAGGAUGGAGAGCAGCAGGAAGGAGAAGGUGGAGCAGAUCUUGUCAGAGUUCCGGCUGAAGGAGGAGGACCUGAAGAAGGUGAUGUACCGGAUGCAGAAGGAGAUGGACCGAGGUCUUAAGCUGGAGACACAUGAGGAAGCCUCUGUCAAAAUGCUGCCCACCUAUGUCCGCUCCACCCCUGAGGGUUCAGAGGUGGGAGAUUUCCUGUCGCUGGACCUGGGUGGCACCAAUUUCCGUGUGAUGCUGGUGAAGGUGGGUGAGGGGGAAGAGGGGCAGUGGAAGGUGAAGACGAAGCACCAAAUGUAUUCCAUCCCAGAGGACGCCAUGACUGGGACGGCCGAGAUGCUCUUCGACUACAUAUCCGAGUGCAUCUCUGAUUUCCUGGACAAGCACCAGAUGAAGCACAAAAAGCUGCCCCUGGGUUUCACCUUCUCCUUCCCUGUGCGGCACGAGGACAUUGACAAGGGCAUCCUCCUGAACUGGACCAAGGGCUUCAAAGCUUCCGGCGCAGAAGGGAACAACGUGGUGGGGCUGCUGAGGGACGCCAUCAAACGGCGAGGGGACUUCGAGAUGGACGUGGUGGCGAUGGUGAAUGACACAAUGAUCUCCUGCUACUAUGAAGAUCACCGGUGCGAGGUUGGGAUGAUUGUGGGGACAGGCUGUAACGCCUGCUACAUGGAGGAGAUGCACAACGUGGAGCUGGUCGAGGGCGAUGAGGGGCGAAUGUGUGUGAACACAGAGUGGGGGGCCUUCGGCGCCUCGGGGGAGCUGGAUGAGUUCCUCCUGGAGUACGACCGCGUGGUGGACGAGACCUCCCUUAACCCCGGUCAGCAACUGUACGAGAAGAUCAUUGGGGGAAAGUACAUGGGGGAGAUAGUGCGGCUGGUGCUGUUGAAGCUGGUGGAUGAGAACCUGCUCUUCAAUGGGGAGGCCUCUGAGAAGCUCAAGACCCGCGGGACCUUCGAGACACGCUUCAUGUCCCAGAUCGAGAGCGACUCCGACGACCGCAAGCAAAUCUACAACAUCCUGUCAGGCUUCGAGCUGCUGCCAUCACGGACAGACUGCGAGAUCGUGCGCCGGGUGUGCGAGAGCGUGUCCACGCGCGCCGCCCAGAUGUGCUCGGCUGGGCUGGCCGGCGUCAUCAACCGCAUGCGCGAGAGCCGCAGCCAGGACACCCUCAAGAUCACCGUCGGCGUUGACGGCUCCGUCUACAAGCUCCAUCCCAGCUUCAAGGACCACUUCCACGCCACAGUGCGGCAGCUGACACCCGGCUGCGACAUCACUUUCAUCCAGUCAGAGGAGGGCAGCGGGCGCGGGGCCGCCCUCAUCUCGGCCGUGGCCUGCAAGAUGGCCUGUAUGAUGGGGCAGUGAGCCGGACUCGGGGGGCGGUGGGGGGCCAGUGGUCCCGCUCGGAGCGCUGUGGGAGCAGACACAGGUGCAGAAAAGAGGUGGCUCCAGCCCCCCAAUAAACGGGGUAU